AGUGUAUAGUCAGAUUCACAUGAGGCCUCUAUCGUUUUGUGUGUUCUAAUUUUGUCUAUUUUAGCUCGAUUAUUUCGGUAACAAUAAGACCCUUUUAUUUAUUUUUAAUCAAGUGCAUCAAUAGUUUUAAUAAGAACUUAAUUCAGCGUUUCAAAAAUUUUAAUUAUAACAAGCCUAAAUCAAUGGUGCAUCCAGGAAAAAAAUGGGAAGUCAUACAAAAUCAAUCACCGAUGCUAACAUACAUAGAAUUAGGGAAUUUGAAUUAGAAAAAGUAAGUCUUGUAGAAGAAUUCGAUAUCCUCCAAAUAGUAGGUGAAGGAUGGUUUGGCAAAAUCCUCUUGGUAGAACACAAAGCCACAGACCGCGAAAUGGUACUAAAAGCCUUACCCAAACCCUACACGGCCCUGGUCGAUUUUUACAGGGAAUUCCAUUACGGCUUGAAUUUAGGCCUGCACAAAAACAUCAUUACAGCUUACGACGUGGCAUUUGAAACUGCAGGAUUCUACGUUUUUUCUCAAGAGUACGCUCCGCUUGGAGAUCUGACUUCAAACGUUUCGGAAAUCGGCAUCGGUGAACUUCACACUAAAAGGGUGGCAAAGCAAUUGGCUUCCGCCCUGGAAUACAUCCAUAAAAAGCAACUGGUCCACCGAGACAUAAAACUGGACAACAUUUUGGUGUUCAAAUCGGACUUUUCCCGUAUCAAGCUGUGCGAUUUCGGCGAAACCAGGCCUGCUGGAAGUUUGGUGUUGCGCAGAAACGAAUGGCUCCCGUACGCAGCGCCUGAAAUUUUGGAAAUUUCCGUCGACGACAGCUACAUUUGUAAUAUCUCCCACGAUAUCUGGCAGUUUGGGAUCGUAAUUUUUGUAUGCCUAACUGGUUGUUUGCCCUGGCAAAAAGCUGCGCACGAUGAUCCCAGAUACGUCCGCUAUAUUUCCUGGCAAAAUAGCACUUUGCCAAUGAUUAGAGUACCCAAACUUUUCAAACUAGUCUCUACAAAAGCUCAAAGAUUUUUCAAAAGAUAUUUAGAGCCAAAGGAAGAACGACGACCUACUGAUUUAAAGGACGUUUAUAGAUAUCUGGAUGACCGAUGGAUGUCAAAAGGUAUGGAAAAAUCAAACGAAACACUAACAGAAGACGAUGGACUUUGCCCAUCUAUGUACAGUUUUCACAGUUCUCCAGAAGAAAAAAAUAAAAUCUUACAUUCGUUAACACAGUACGGUCUAGAAACUACCGUGGACAGAAAUGCAAAAAAAGAUAGAAUAAAGAAAUGGAUAGAAAGUAGCAUAAUCGAAGAGGAAGAAGAUGGAGGCGAAGAUGUAGCCCCAGAAAAAUCCAAUAAUGCAGAGUCAAGAACUGAAGCAAUCCGAAAUAUCAACGCUGAAAGGCAAAAGCGCAGAAGACACUAUUCCAAACGGUUAGAAUCGCGAGAAAAACAAUACAAACCCCCAGUAGAUCCUAGAAUUCCUUUAGAAAUCCAAAAAAUUCCACAGUUCAAUUCUAGAACGAUUAAAACAGUCCCAGAAAAUUCCAAAGAUGCAACAAAUGGCCCUUCUAGGCCGCCCAGGAACAUUCUUUGCGCUUUGCCCUUUAGAAAUAUUACAAUAGCUCCUAGUUCACCGACAACUUCCACAGAUAGUGCCAUCAGUAGUGAUGGGUCUACAAUUAAAUACAAAGGAUAUAAUUUCUUGAGGCAGGAUAAAAUAGCCGAAGUUACGGAUCAUGUCCAAAAUAAGCUCAAAUUUAACGCAAAUCAACUAAAAUUCGACAAAGACUAUCUGAACGAAUUAACCAGCGACCCAAAUAGUGGAGUGUUUAAGCAAGAAUGCAAAUAUCAUGUGGCCCUGCAUCCGGCCCAAUUCAACAAUUUCGGAGAGUCGGUCAAAGACGAAUUGGGCAAAAAAAUUGGCCGAUUUGACGAAUCAUUUCAAGGCAUCAUGUUAGGCUAUGAAAAUGUAAGACUUCAAUCCAAGCUAGGAGUUAUAGGUUCAGAUAAUUGUCACGUCCAUUUGGACAUAGAAGCUUUAUUUUAUGUGUUCCAUCCGCAAAUUGAUAUGGUAUUGAAAGGGACUGUUACAAGAACAACAAAAGACCAUGUGGGUUGUUUAGUUUAUAAUACUUUCAACAUUUCCUUGCCAAAGCCUGCUGGGGAAGAAGAUGAAACUUGGCUGGGGGAAAAUGUUACUAUAAAAAGUGAGGUAUCGUUUAGGAUCACCUUUGUCAAUCUUACAGCUCGCUUGCCUCAUAUAAGAGGACAUUUAUUGUCAAUAGAAAGUCAAGGGGAUAUCAGUGGUGUGUCCUUGAUUAAAUCUGAAAAGAAAGGAAAGAAAACUAAAUUUGUAGAUGAAGAAGUUGUUGAAAACCCUCAUAAAGAUAAAAGAAAAAAGAUGUCAAGCAUUUCUGUAACUGAAGAUCCUACUGAAGUAGAACAGGAAAAGCCUAAAAAGAAUAAAAGAAGAAAAAGUCUUUCUACUUCUUUGAUAGAUGAAAGUGCCUUGUAUGAUGAUGAAGUACCAAUUGAAAAUGGAGAAGUUAUCCCGAAUAAAGUAAAAAAACACAAGGAAAAACAAUUCAGAGAUUACUCAAGUGAAGCUGAAGUUACUACACCAAAUGCUAAAUCUGAGAAAAAGAAAAGGAAAAAAAGUACAUCAUUUAGUUUAGGUGAAAGUUCCUUGCACACAGAAUUAAUUCUCAAAGAUGAGAUUAAAGAGGAAGAAGUAUCUUUGACACCAAGUAAAUACAAAGACUCAGAUAAAACAAAGAAAAAUAAAAAGAAAAAAAGUCUUUCUACUUCUUUGAUAGAUGAAAGUGACCUGUAUGUUGAUGAAGUACGAAUUGAAAAUGGAGAAUUUUUGUCAAAUAAAGUAAAAAAACAGAAAGAAAAAAAAUUCAGAGAUUACUCAAGUGAAGCUGAAGUUGAUAUACCAACUGCUAAAUCUGAGAAGAAAAAUAGAAAAAAAAGUAUGUCAUUUAGUAUAGGUGAAAAUUCCUUACAUACAGAAUUAAUUCUCAAAGAUGAGAUUAAAGAGGAAGAAGUAACUUUGACACCAAGCAAAUACAAAGACUCAGAUAAAACAAAGAAAAAAAACAAGCACAGGAAAAAAGAUGACUUGGAUAUAUCACUUGAAUCGCUGGACAUUAAAUCGUUAUUCACAGAAAAUAUGGAUUUUGAUGAAAAAUCGUCUCUGAACAUGGCAGAUAGUCCUGAUAAAAAAAGGAAACGCAGAAAAUCCCAAAUGAUAUCCCAGGAUGAGGAUUUGUAUUUGGAUAAAGUUAAGCUAGAACCUGAUAGUGAGUUGGAGAAAAUUAUUGGCAAAAAAGAGAAAAAGUCGAAAAGUUGAUGUUAGUGUAAUUAUUUUCAUUAAAAAGUUGGUUCUUAAU